AUUACCAAUUCUCAAACCGACAUAAGUACGACCAAAAAAAAGUUUAUAAAUAAAAGUCACAACGAGCCUUAACGCGUAGAAUCUUCCCGUACUUUACUUUUCCGGAGGAAUAGAAAAUUGGGGGCUAGGGUUCGCAAUUGUAGUUUUCGAGCGAAGAAGAUGAUCGAGGUGGUUCUCAACGAUCGUUUAGGGAAAAAAGUUAGGGUGAAGUGUAACGAUGAUGACACGAUCGGUGAUCUGAAGAAGCUUGUCGCGGCACAAACCGGAACACGAGCCGAGAAGAUCAGAAUUCAGAAGUGGUACAACAUCUACAAGGAUCACAUCACUCUCAAGGACUAUGAGAUCCAUGACGGCAUGGGUCUUGAGCUUUACUACAACUAGGCCAAUCGAAGGAGCUAAGCUGAAGGAGUGUUGUUGAUUUGGACACCUACAUAAACUCAUAUCAACCAUGUUACAUCUAAAAAAGACACAAGUAUGUUGUAAGACGUGAUAACUUCAAAUUUGUGGUAAUAAUAAUACAUUCACUGUCAAUGGUUUUAAACCCUUCCAAAUUGUCAGAUUGAUUUCUGGUUAUCUCUAAGUUUGUAGUAUAUUAGUCUUUUUGGUUGUAUUGAUGUGCUCUUUCUCCAAAUGUUACCCAUCUUCCAAAUACCACUAGUGCUUAUUGCUUACUGCUUACCACUGAUUAGACACCAAACUUGUAGGCCUUUAAGCAGUGCAAUAUGAAUGCAAGAACAGAUUUUCUAGCUUAAGACGCUCUAGAAAUCAGUUUCUUGUUUAAGAAUUAAGAUACUCUCACUAGUAAUCAGGUUAUAUUUCAUGGAAUCACAAUCUUUUUUGCCGUCAGCUUUACAUACACCAAAUUUGUUCGUUGAUUAGCCGAAGUACGCUUUCUUGACAAAAACAGAACAAAAAAACUUGCUUCUAAGAAAAACACAAUGAUAGGAAACUAAAAAGACAUUACAACACCUUCAUUGAAUGUAAGACUGGCCAGUUAUGUCAACGUCUCUAUCACCCGAAGAAGCUGGUUGCUUGUGUUUUGGUGUCAACGUCUUUACCUCGUCAGGCCCAUCUGCGCUCUGUGUAUCACUGGCCGGUGGUCUUUGCUGCUGAGGUUCUUUCUCUAUAUUCUUGGCCUCUUUCUCUAAAUUUGUGGUCUCUUUUUCGUCGUCCUGACCGUAGAGGCCACCACCGUAGGCUUCGUGCGUCACUGGCUGCAUCUGCGAGAUAUACGGUGGCUGGUGCUGAUGUGGCUCGUACUUAUCUCUCCCUUCCUCUGGCUCUUGCUUGGGUUCUUUCUCCAUUGUCACUUUGUCUUGAUGUCGACACUGUUGUUGGUCUAUUUGUAUCAAAAGUGGUCUUCAGACACGUUUACUUGCCUCCCACGUGCCAUGAUCUGAAGACGAACACGUUAAGUAGGCAAAU